AUGAUCCACACUCUACAAGUUGAUGAUAUCACUUCCAUUCUGCGAAACUUGAAGCAAAAAACACCGGCAGUACAUAAACAUGAAAAGCAGAGUGAUAGUCAUCAAAUUUUUAUUCUUUAUUCUUCAUGGAUGCUUUUUGCAAUGCUGCUGAAGUGUAGUGUUUGCAUAAUUUUGAGUUUGCAGGUGUUUUUAAUGGGAAUAUGCAUGCCCCUGUAUGUUGUCCACUCAGAGAAUAUGCCAUUGAAUGCAUGGGACUUUGUUGCCAUAGGAAUCUGUUUAUCUGGCAUUAUAAUCGCGUAUUAUGCCGAUACACAACUUCACAAUUUUGUUAGCAAAAAUAAAAGGUUGAAAGAGCUUAGCCAACCUAUGGUGCCAAAUCUGGAAAUAGGUCUUUGGCGGUACUCACGCCAUCCAAACUAUUUCGGCGAGCAGUUAUGGUGGUGGGGACUGGCCAUAUUCGCCUGGCAUUUGGGUCAUGUUUGGAGUUUUGUUGGUCCACUCAUAAACAGCUUGUGCUUGGCGUAUGUCACCGUGCUCGUAGAGAAGAGAAUGCUUAAACAAGCUUACAGAGUUGAAGCUUAUAAGCUCUACCAGAAGACAACUUCGGCUUGGAUACCAUGGUUUAAAGUUCUCUGCUGCGCUGGAAAAGAUAAGAACACUUGA